AUGCCUGUCAAGUCUCCGGCGGUGAGAAGCUUUCUGUCGCCACGGAAAGAGACGGAUGAAACGGUGUCGGAAAAGUCGGAGAUCAUGGAUCCGUGGUCAAGGGUCUGCCUGGAGAAGAUGGAGACUGUGGUAGAAUGCGCGGUGGUGAAGUCGUGGGGGGCGAUUGGGGAGAAAGAGAUGGAAUUGAUGACGAAGGAUUUUGCUGGGGUUGUUUCGAUGUAUUUGGGGAUUUUCGAUGUUCUUGGUCUGCAAAAAGUAAAGAAGAAUAAGGAAGAAGGAAAAAGGAAGAGAGAGAGCAUGGCUGAUUACGGCGACACGACUCAAGAAACUCAUAGCGAGCGGUUGCAUCCCUGGGCUUGGGCUAAUGGAGGCUGGCGGAGCCGGUGGUCGCGCGACCUGGGCCGGAUGGGGAUGAUUAUCAUUACCGAGAAUUAUGCACAAAAUUAA